AUGUCGAGGACUUUUAUCGCAUCUGAUCUUCGGGGUAAGACAUACCUUGAGAAACAAGAAAGGAACGCAGGUGAAGUCCAAUUCGAACUGAAAUAUGAUCGAGUGAGUGAAGUCAAAGCUUUCGAUGGGACGAAAGCUGGUGUCAAAGGACUCGUAGAUGCCGGAAUUUCGGAGGUUCCCCGAAUAUUGCAUGUGCCACCGGAUACCUUUGGGGAAACAGAUGUUCCAAGUGCCACCCUGUUUCGUAUCCUUGUUAUAGAUCUUCAAGGAGCGAGGGACGAUCCUGAGGAGAUGAAGGUUCGUGUACGUACGUUUUUCGAGCAAGAUGACGAGCUCAAAAAACAGUACUACACUCGUGAUAAUACGGAAAAGGUGGUCUAUAAGAGCAAUUUCGAUCUCCCUACUGCCCCUGCAGCUAACUGGAGAGACUCUGUUUAUUGCGACAUGGCUCCUGAUCCUCCUAAGCCAGAAGAGUUGCCUGCACCGUUCAGACUGUGCAAAGGGUCUCGGUCAGCUGUGCCAUUACUGUCCGGCAUGUCCGCAGCCGGAUUUGACUAUGGGGGCGAGCAAACAUGCCGACAGUAG